AUGCUGCUCUGGAUGGUUGCGCUCCUCUUCGUUCCCUGUGUUGGGAAAGUUGUCUGGCUGAGCCCCCAAGCCCAGCCAUACCUCGUGUUUGAGGGGGAUAUACUGAUUCUGCGAUGCCGGGGAAGGAAGAAUGCAGCGCUGUCCCAGGUGAAAUUCUACAGAGAUGAAAAAUUCCUCCAUUUCUCUGAGAACAACCAGCCUCUCUUCCUGGGGACAGCAACAGCUAAGAGCAGUGGCCGGUAUAACUGCACUGGGCGGGUGAAAUAUGCCAGAAAUAUGGACUCAUGGGAUUCAGGGACUGUCAUGGUUCAAGUACAAGAGUGGUUCCUGCCUCCCGUGCUGACAGCCCUCCCUUCUCACGAGCUCUGCAAGGGGAGCCCUGUGACCCUGAGAUGCCAGACAAAGCUGCACAGUCAGAAGUCGGCCUGGCGGCUGCUCUUUUCCUUCCACAAGGAAGGCCGCACCCUGCAGAACAGGAGCCGCCACCCAGAACUCCGCAUCCCAGCAGCCAAAGAGGGAGACGCCGGGCUUUACUGGUGCAAGGCCUCCCCUGAGGGUGGCCAGGUCCAGAAACGGAGCCCUCAGCUGGAGCUCAGGGUGUGGGCUCCUGUGUCCCGUCCCCUGCUCACCCUGAGACCCACCAGCCUAGUUGUGGGGAACGAGGUGGAGCUCCUCUGUGAGGUCCAGAGGGGCUCCCCUCCAAUCCUGUACUCAUUCCACCUCAAUGGGGACAUCCUGCGGAACCACGUGGCUCCCCAUGGGGGACCCGCCUCCUGCCUCUUCCGGGUGAAGUCAGAGCAGCAUGCUGGAAACUACUCCUGUGAGGCCGGGAACCGUGUCUCCAGAGAGACAAGUGAGCCUGUGACACUCUCUGUGGAUGAUCCUCAGGUCUCAUCUGCCCCCACCAGUAGCAACUGGCUGGUUCCUUGGCUGCCUGCAAGCCUGCUUGCCAUGACGGUCAUUGCUGCUGCACUUCUGGGGUAUUUCAGACCCUGGAGGAAAAACGGGCCUCUUCCACCCCGGAAUUUACCCUCAGCCCCAGUUGAAGAGCAGCACCAACUGUAUGUCAACGUUCAUCGCCAGAAUGAAAACAAUGAAGGAGUUAUCUACUCUGAGAUUCAUACAAUCCCAAGGGAGCAUGAAGCCAGGCCUGCCCAGCCAGCCCAGCAGGAAAAGGACAUUUCUGUCAUCUAUGCUGAGGUGAAACACCCGCAGCUGAGCAAGGAUCCAGACAAGGGGCUGAAUAGAAGAAGCACGACCCGCUGUGCUCCUACUAGUGACUACAAGGAGGCCCUCUGCUAG